AUGAGAGUCAUGGCCGACGAAGAGACGUUGGUAGCGACUGCUACUCUCGUCAAAUCAUUAGCAUGCUCUCCCAAAGACCAGCCAUUCAACCCGGUUCCUAUUGGUACCAAUUCCGAAAUUAGGCUUCCCGGACAUGAAAGCCAUGCCAAGGAAUGCCUUGAACGUGAACUUUCCGCCCUCGUUGUGAGAAUUCAGCAACUCGAGGCUAGGGCCAACGCUUCGAAUGGCGGAACCUUCCCCGAAACACCUAACGAGACAGCUGAGUCUCUGUUUGGUGAAGAAUCGCCUAAUGCUCAAGGUCCUAAAUCGGCGCGAACCAGAAUUCCGGCUCUCCCUACAAACCGGAAUGGCUCUGGUGAAGAACGAUCUGGCAAGAUCCUACCGUUGACCGAUGAAGACCUUGAGGGACUUCGUGAACAUGUCGUUGAUCAAUCUAAACUACUCGAUAACCAGCGUCAAGAGUUGACAAAUGUUAAUGCCCAACUGAUCGAGCAAAGACAGCUACAAGAAAAGGCCCUUGAACUUAUCGAAAAAGAGCGAGUUGCCGCAUUAGAGCGAGAAUUAUGGAAACACCAGAAAGCCAACGAAGCCUUCCAAAAGGCACUACGUGAGAUCGGCGCGAUUGUCACCGCCGUCGCACGGGGUGACCUUACUAUGAAGGUUCGGAUGAACACUGUAGAAAUGGACCCGGAAAUCACAACUUUCAAGCGAACUAUCAACACUAUGAUGGAUCAGCUGCAGGUCUUUGCCAGCGAGGUGUCUCGUGUGGCUCGCGAGGUCGGCACAGACGGUAUACUCGGCGGCCAGGCUAUGAUCGAGGGCGUAGACGGAACUUGGAAAGAACUCACGGAUAAUGUAAACGUUAUGGCUCAAAAUCUCACCGACCAAGUGCGAGAGAUUGCUUCAGUAACCACUGCCGUUGCUCACGGAGACUUGACGAAAAAGAUUGAAAGACCAGCCAAUGGUAAAAUCCUUCAGCUUCAGCAGACUAUUAACACUAUGGUGGAACAGCUACGUACAUUUGCAUCUGAAGUCAGUCGUGUCGCCCGAGAUGUGGGUACCGAAGGUAUAUUAGGUGGCCAAGCCGACGUAAUGGGAGUCCAAGGUAUAUGGAAUGAGUUAACGGUAAACGUCAACGCCAUGGCAAACAAUCUUACAACACAAGUGCGCGAUAUUGCGAAGGUCACUACGGCAGUUGCUAAGGGAGAUCUUACCCAAAAGAUUCAAGCGGAAUGUAGGGGCGAGAUUUUCAGGCUCAAGUCGACAAUCAAUUCUAUGGUUGAGCAGCUGUCACAAUUUGCGCGAGAAGUGAGCAAGAUUGCUCGUGAAGUCGGAACGGAAGGUCGUCUUGGUGGCCAGGCCACGGUGAACGACGUCGAAGGCACAUGGCGUGAUCUCACCGACAACGUCAACGGUAUGGCCAUGAAUUUGACCACGCAAGUGCGAGAAAUAUCCAAGGUCACCACCGCUGUGGCAGCCGGAGACCUAUCCCAAAAGAUCACUGUCGAAGUCAAGGGCGAAAUUCUAAGGCUGAAGCUCACGAUCAACUCCAUGGUGGAUCGACUAGGCAAGUUUGCUUUCGAGGUCAGCAAAGUCGCUAGAGAAGUCGGAACCGAUGGCACACUAGGCGGUCAAGCUCGGGUUGAUGAUGUCGAAGGGAAAUGGAAAGACCUCACCGAAAAUGUCAACACUAUGGCCUUGAACCUAACCUCCCAAGUGCGGAGCAUAUCAACUGUUACUCAAGCCAUUGCGGAUGGCGACAUGAGCCAGAAGAUCGAUGUGCAAGCGAAGGGCGAAAUACUUGUCCUAAAAGAAACCAUAAAUAACAUGGUUGACCGCUUGUCUGUGUUCUGCAACGAGGUGCAGCGUGUGGCCAAAGAUGUGGGUGUGGAUGGUAAGAUGGGAGGUCAAGCAGAUGUUGGGGGCCUGAAGGGACGAUGGAAGGAGAUCACGGCUGAUGUCAACACGAUGGCAACGAACUUGACCACUCAGGUGAGAGCUUUCGGCGAUAUAACUAACGCUGCUACCGAUGGAAACUUUACCAAGCUGGUUGACGUGGAAGCCUCCGGUGAGAUGGAUGAGCUCAAGCGCAAAAUCAACCAGAUGGUAUACAACCUACGAGGCAGUAUUCAAAGAAACACCCAGGCAAGAGAAGCGGCCGAGCAAGCAAACAAGACCAAAUCCGAAUUCCUAGCGAACAUGUCUCACGAGAUCCGAACUCCCAUGAACGGCAUCAUUGGAAUGACUCAACUGACCCUCGACACCGACCUCACGCAAUAUCAAAGAGAGAUGUUGAAUAUUGUGAACAACCUGGCCAACAGUCUGUUGACUAUCAUCGACGACAUUCUGGAUUUGUCCAAGAUUGAGGCUCGGAGGAUGGUGAUAGAAGAAAUUCCGUAUACGUUACGGGGCACUGUCUUCAAUGCCUUAAAGACUUUGGCUGUCAAGGCAAACGAGAAGUUCCUCGACCUGACGUAUCGGGUUGACAGCUCUGUGCCCGAUUACGUCGUUGGCGAUUCCUUCCGUCUGCGACAAAUCAUUCUAAAUCUAGUGGGCAACGCCAUCAAAUUUACGGAGCAUGGGGAAGUGAGCUUGACGAUUCGGAAAGCGGAAGGUGCGCCACCGAAGGAUCCACGCGAGUAUGCGAUCGAAUUUGUCGUUUCAGACACGGGGAUAGGAAUACCGCCAGACAAGCUCGACCUGAUCUUCGACACUUUCCAGCAAGCGGAUGGAUCCAUGACUCGCAAGUUUGGUGGUACUGGUUUAGGUCUAUCUAUUUCCAAGAGGUUGGUCAACUUGAUGGGCGGAGAUGUCUGGGUCAAGAGCGAGUUCGGUAAGGGCAGCUCGUUCUACUUCACCUGUGUGGUAAAGCUAGCGGAUGGUGAGGUUGCAUCUAUUGAGAAGCAACUGAAGCCGUAUAAAGGACACCAGGUACUAUUCAUCGACAAGGGACGCACUCAGUAUGGGAGAGAAAUCGUCACCAUGCUCACGAGACUUAGUCUCGUGCCCGUUGUGGUCAACACCGAGGGAAAUCCCAACAUUCCCGGCUCAGACGACCCCCCAUACGAUGUUAUCAUUGUCGAAUCCAUUGACACCGCCCGUAAGCUGAGGGCCAUCGAAGACUUCAAGUACCUCCCGAUUGUACUUCUGGCCCCAGUAGUCCAUGUCAGCUUGAAGUCCUGCCUGGACCUAGGCAUCACGUCUUACAUGACUACUCCCUGCAAACCGAUCGAUCUAGGGAACGGAAUGGUCCCUGCCUUGGAGAAUCGCGCUACGCCGUCGCUAGCUGACAACACGAAAUCAUUCGAAAUUCUUCUCGCAGAGGACAACAGGGUUAAUCAGCGUCUAGCUGUGAAAAUCCUAGAAAAGUAUCAUCACGCAGUUACUGUAGUUGGAAAUGGUUUGGAGGCCGUGGAAGCGAUCAAGAAGAAGAAGUUUGACGUCAUCCUUAUGGACGUUCAGAUGCCUAUAAUGGGCGGUUUUGAGGCCACCAAUAAGAUCCGCGAGUACGAGCGGAGCCUGGGCUCGCAUCGAACACCGAUCAUUGCGCUUACGGCACACGCUAUGAUGGGAGAUCGAGAAAGGUGUAUCCAGGCCCAGAUGGAUGAAUACCUUUCCAAACCCUUACAACAAAACCACUUGAUACAAACCAUCUUAAAGUGUGCCACGCUUGGCGGUGCACUGCUUGAGAAGAAUAGAGAACGGGAGCUAGCACGUCAAGCUGAGCAAAAGAACAACAAUGGCCAACAAAACGGGGGCCCGGCGCUUAUGAGGCCUGCUCUUGAGGGUCGCUCGAUAACGUCGAACGAACCCAUGAUGGGAAGCAUCGACAGCCCAUCCCUUGUCGCAACGAAUCAGGACGAUCCGUUACAUAGGGCACGUUCAACCCUCUCUGAACCUUGCGUUCACAAUGACUAA